AUGUACCUGAUCACUGUGUUUGGAAACCUUCUCGUCAUCCUGGCCACCAUCUCUGACUCCCACCUCCACACCCCCAUGUACUUCUUCCUCUCCAACCUGUCCUUUGUAGACAUCUGUUUCACCUCUACCAUCGUCCCGAAGAUGCUGUGGAACAUCCAGACACAGAGCAAAGUCAUCACCUUUGAAGGCUGCAUCACCCAGAUGCAUUUCUCCACCCUCUUUAUAGGGCUGGACAUCUUCCUCCUGACCGUGAUGGCCUAUGACCGGUUUGUGGCCAUCUGUCACCCCCUGCACUACACAGUCAUCAUGAACCCCCGGUUCUGUGGACUGCUGGUGCUGGUGUCCUGGAUCAUCAUUGUCUCCUUAUUUUAUUGUACAGGCUUAGGAGUGUACCUUAGCUCUGCUGCUACCCACAGCUCACGCUCAAGUGCAACAGCCUCGGUUAUGUACACAGUGGUCACACCCAUGCUGAACCCCCUCAUCUACAGUCUGAGAAAUAAAGACCUAAGGAGGGGUCUGAAUAUACUGAAAUAUUAA